UCACCCCCUUGGCCUGGAUCUGCUCUUAGGGAGCGGGAGCUUCGUCUUGCGCCAGUCACACGGAGAAGCUCGCCGAGGAAGGUUGUGGACUCUACACUUCUAAGCAGGAUGAUGCGUGUGUGCGUGGUGUUGAUGGUGCUGGUGGCGGCGGUGGCGGCCCAGGGAGGCGGUGGUGGUCGCCAAUUGAUCCGACCCGACCCGAAGGCUUGCGCUGACCGCAUCAAACACGCCGCCACCUUCCGCAAUAAUCACUACUACUUCUUCUCCUGGCUCCACGUCCCCACCCAGCAGCACGAGAGGGACUGGCUCGAUGCAAGGAACAUCUGCAGGAAGCAUUGUCAGGAUCUGGUGAGCAUAGAAACUGAAGAGGAAAACAGAUUUGUGACCGAGGCCAUCCAGAAAGGUGGAAUCAAGUACAUCUGGACCUCUGGUCGUAAGUGCAACUUUGAUGGCUGUGACAGGCCAGACCUGCAGCCUCCAAUUGUCAACGGUUGGUUCUGGUCCGGCUCCUCUGCUCGCAUUCCCCCAACCACCAGUACCCGCGGCUGGCGAGGCGCUUGGUCCUCCACCGGAGGCUCUGGCAAAGCUCAACCCGACAACCGCGAGUUUUCAGAGACCCGCAACGACGAGGCUUGCAUUGCUGUCCUCAACAACUUCUACCAAGAUGGUGUUGUGUGGCACGAUGUUGCCUGCAACCACGUGAAGCCCUGGAUUUGCGAGGACUCAGAGGAGCUCCUCAACUUCGCUCGUUUCACUUAUCCUGACGCUAACAUUCCUUAAAUAGUAUAACUUUGCAACAAAGACAUCUUGAUCAUUAAAGGUGUUGUUUUCCAUACUUUCUUCUUGUAUCUAUAAACGUACAUAAACAAAAAACAGCAUAAGCAUUCACAUCCACCCACACAUACAUGGAUGUGCACAUACAGUAUUGAGGUAAUAAUUUGGAAAGCCUGGUACUGUAAUAUUAUAUUAUAUUAUAUUAUAUUAUAUUAUAUUAUAUAUAUAUAUAUAUAUAUAUAUAUAUAUAUAUAAAUUUGCUGUAGCGAAUCCCUUAUCACCACCAUUAUCUUAGUUUCUUGAUCCUCUUUUGUUUCCAUCUCUUACGCCACCUGUAUACUCUAAUUAUUUAAUUUUUAUUAAUUAACAUAUUUAAGUGAAUGAUUGUGUCCAAAAGUAAUAUCGGCUGGACCCGGUGCAACCUCUGUGGUGUACAUAGAACUCAAAAUUUAUUAAUCUGAACCUGCCUGUAUGUCUGAGUAAAUCUAUUAUUUA